AUGAUCCGUGAUAGAAUUGUGUUUGGGAAAAAUUCUGCCAAGAUUCGCGAAAAGCUUAUCAAUGAAGGUGACAAGCUUACUCUGGAUAAAGCCAUCCAAAUCGCCCAGAACCACGAAUACUCACAGGAGCAGCUUAAGUCGAUGGGUACCACGUCACAGGAAGUUCACGCGGUUACAUCUAGCCUACCGCCUGGAAAUCGUGAUUCCCACAAGACUUUCAAGACCGGAAAUAGCACCAGUCAAACUGAACCGAAACGGUAUAAUGACGCAGCCGCAAGCCAUGCAUCCAGUAAACCUGUAUGUCCGAACUGUGGAUACAAACAUACUAAAAAGGAAAAGUACCCUGCGUACGGAAAAACCUACAAGCUUUGCAAUAAACGGAACCAUUUCGCCAAAGUUUGCUGUAGCAAGAAAGUUCAUGAAGUUCGCGAGCCGCAUACAGCUGGAGCAGAAUAUCCUUUAUACAGUCACAGUUCUAAUGACAAUUUUACUGAUUUGUUUGUUGAUUUUAUCAGUGUAGUUCAUGCUCUUAACAAAUCUGAUGCGCGAUAUGAACAAAAUCAAGCAUUUACACAUGUUACAAUAGGUCCAAAUAAUGUACCAGUCAAAUGUAAGCUUGACACUGGCUCACACGUUAACUUUAUACCAAUAUCUACUUAUAAACAACUAGGUGUUGCUGAUCAGUUGAGUCCGUCGUCUGAUUUGUCUGGUUAUGCUGGGUCACUAGUUAAGACAAAGUAG